AUGGCUGAAGCUGUUAUGGGUUUCACCCUCUUCAAAUCACAUAGUCUUGGCUCAUGUCUACAAACAAGGAGGUUUCAAGUAAACCACUCUACAAGAUUGCAUGUUGCAUGUUAUGUAUUUGUAAACAAGGUGUUAGAGGGAAAGAGCAAAAGGGGAUCUUUGUGUAAAGUGAAUGGGUUACCAGAUUGGCCACUUAUGGCAGUUAUAGUUGAACACAUGGAAGGGCAGAGAGAUAUGAUCACUAUUAAAACAGUUUCCCAUCUCAGUGAUAAGGCAAUAAAGAAUGUUUACGCUUGGUACAUAAUGUUUACCAUUUGGGGAGGCUUAUUCUUUGGUUCAAUGAAGGAUCCAUAUUACGACUCAGAAGCAUAUAGGGGAGAUGGAGGAGAUGGCACUGGCAACUGGAUCUAUGAAAAGCAAGAGAUUAUGGAAGCAGAAGCCAGAGAAGCUCUGUGGAGGGAAGAGUUGAUUGAGGAGAUAGAAGAAAAGGUUGAAGGGUUGAGAGAACUUGAAGAAGGUGCCAAGAAGGAGGAACUAGUCAAGUGA